AUGGCGCACUCCCCUCAAAGACUCGCUCUACAACGACUCGGCAAUCUCACACGAAUACUACAAUCCAAUCAGCGAUCUCACUCUAUUCGAAGCUCACCGAGUUUUCAGACUCGUACCAUGUCCUCGUCCACUGAAAACGAGAAAGGCCUCUUGCUCUACACUUGGUCGACUCCCAAUGGAAGGAAGGUGUCGAUAUUCCUUGAAGAAUUGAAGGCCGCCUAUGGAACCAAUUAUUCUGUCGAAAAGAUCGACAUCAAUACGAACAUCCAAAAGGAAGACUGGUUUAUUGCAAUAAAUCCCAACGGAAGAAUCCCGGCCUUAGUAGACAACUCGAGAAAUGGUUUCAAAGUAUUCGAAAGUGCAGCUAUCCUUCUCUACCUAGCAUCUCAUUAUGACAAGGACCGCAAAUUCUCCUUCGAGCCAGGAAGCGACGACGAGAGCGAAAUGCUACAGUGGAUCUUUUUCACGCACGGAGGAAUAGGGCCGAUGCAAGGACAAUGUGAGCCGCCGUAUAAUGGAAUGAACGCCAUCUGA